CAGUUCGCUGUGACACGCGACCAGUUGGCUACGUCAGGCUGCGCACGUUAGCAUCUGGCGCACGCAGGGUGGAAGUGAAGGGAACCGCUCACUUGUCCCUUACGAGCUUUUUACCAGCCCCGGGAGAUCCCGCAGAUACUUGACAAAUGGCGCAAAUCUGUCCCUGAAGCGAACCUGGCACAUGCCGGGCGGCGCAAAGUGGCUGUCAACUUGCAAACCCAGCUGGUUAGCCGGAUGGCUAGUGGCAACGAGCCGCCGUGCGUUGUCGGACAAUCGGCUAGCGAGGCUCCGGCUAAUGCGCCUUUAGCCACCUCGCUGUCACUGACAUCCCACCGUGCGCUGGCGACACGACAUGUCCGCGUAACUUUUUGUCCGCCGGACACUCGGUCGCUGCAGAAUUUCCACAAUGGACAGCGAGCGCAGCAAUUGCAGGCCGCAGUUCGGAGACAAUAGCAAGCUAACCCAGCUAGCGAGCUGCCGAGGCUGCUUAGCCCGCUAACAGCUCGUCUCGCCCCGGGUGCGUGUCUGGAGCCGCACUGAGAAAAAAAAAAGGUGUCUGCACUAUGGAGGAGGAGGAUAUGACGGAGGAAAUCACAGCAGCUUGUAGCCAACCCAUGUUCCACAAUCAAGACUUAACCGUGGCAGACCGGGGCCCAGCAUCCUGGCAGCUCAGCUCCGACCUGGUGACAACUGAGGAUGGGCUCAGUAAUGGCACCUGUGAAGUUGAGACAAUGGACCACUCGGCUCUAAAGAGUGACGACAUGUCCGAGUUUUCGAACAGCGACCUCUCCCUGCCCGAGGUCUGCAUUUCCACCAACAGCAGUAGCCUUGAGGAGGAGAAUAUGAACCACGAGGUCCAGCAAGCUUACAGGAUAUUCACUUGCUUUCUGCUGGACAAGCACAAAGGGAUCGCCGGCCCGUUCCUCCAUCCCGUGGGGCACCAGGAGGCCCAGCACGGUAUCGGAGGCGUCCGGGGACGGGGUCAGGCGCAGCUCAGGCAGUCCAUGUGUUUGCGGCGGAUGGAGGAGAAGUUCACCAGCCAGGAGUAUGGGACAAUAACCGAGUUUGUUGCAGACUUCAGGCUGAUGUUGGAGAACUGUUACCGCUACCACGGGGUGGACCACUGGAUCUCCAAACAGGCUCAGAAGCUGGAAAUUAUGCUGGAGCAGAAGCUUACAUUGCUGUCCAGGACGCUGCGAGAGAAGACAACCUUGGCAGUGACCUCUAAAGGUCGUUUUGGUGCUGAGGAGGAACGUGGAUCGGGGGGCACCUCCACGAGAAGGAGACUGGCGCCUCGGAGCCUGGCUACUAUCACUGUUGGUGGGCAUGAGUCUAUCAUGGUCCAGAGCUUGCGGCAAGAGGAGCAACAGAGGGUCAAGGAGGAGAAGAGGCAACGUGAGCUCGAGAAGAAAGAGGCAGAGGAAAUGUCAGCCAAAGAGGUGGAAGAGUGGGAGCACACCUUAUUGUCACAGGCUUCCCCCCACACUGUGGAUGCACUUUGGGAACUCCCUGCCAUAGGGCAUUUCCUCUGCCUGGCUCAGACUGCUCUUAACCUCCCAGAGAUUGUAUUUUUUGAGCUGGAGCGUUGUUUGCUGAUGCCUCGCUGCAGCCUCCUACUCUCCAAAAUCAUGUCUUCCCUGCUGUCCCCUCCCCAGCGGAGGGCCACUCUGAACCGGCGGCCUGCACUGCCUUACCGCCGCUGGGAGUCAGAGCUCAGGCAGAGGGUCAUGGCCUGGUAUCGAGUUGUAGGUGCCUCCCAUGAUCAGCCAGGUCGGGCUGAGCAGCUGGGACUCUGCCUCCAAUUUUUCAGCACCCUUGGGGAGGUGAGUCCUAUGGAGGAGAAUCCUUUUCACUUGCUGCCGUUCUACCAGCGAGUGUGGCUUCUGAAAGGCCUGUGUGACAAUGUGUAUGAGACACAGAAGAGUGUGCAGGAUGCUCUGCUGGCCCAGCCUAUCCAUGAAUGUCGGGAGUCUAUUUUGGGCUAUGACAGCAAGGAGAAUGCCUAUAUACAUUUCCCACACUUUUGUGGGGCAGACUUGAGGAUCUACUGCCAGAGCCCCAGCGCACCCCCGGCCUUCCCUUUCCCUUCUGUAUGGGUAAAACGGCUCGAAAUGGAGCCAGGGACAGAGGGAGAGGAGUCGGAUGGGAUGAAGGCUGAAGGAAACGAAAGUGACAGGGAGUGGUGUGGACGCUCCAUGGACACAGGAGAGUCUGAUGAUUUCGGAAAGGGGAGAGCAGAGACAUUUGGCCUUUUCGAAAGGGAAAAUGGGGAUGAGGAAGAACAUAAAAGUUUAAAAUUCUGGUCACUGAAGAAGGAUGAGGGGUCUGAAUCAGGGUCCUCUGAUGGAGACUCCUGUGAAUACUCUAAAUUGGACUUAAAAAUAGACACUAACUCCGUAGCCCUUCCCUACACUAGCCCAACUAGAAGAUGUGGUGUGAAAAUACCUCUGAAAGAAGAGACAGUAGAGUUGGAGCAUCAAUCCAAGAGAUUGAAACGGCAGAGGGGCUUCUCAUCCUCCUCAACUCGUACCAUUGAAGCAGAGACACAGGAGCCCUGUCUGAGUGUAGGGGAGCACAGCUACACAGGAAGGUCUCCCGCUCGCUCAGUGACUCUGGCCUCCCCAACCAAACUGGUGGGGCUCAAAAUGGAAGGAGAAAGUCCCAGUCAGGGACGCCAAAGAACUUCCUGUAUGGAGUGUUGUGAAAGCAAAACAGGUUAUGCUGAAUCAGAGGGGCGUGGAUGCUGCUGUGGAACAUCAGGGUUAGCUGCACAGGUGUCUUCUGAGAGUACUCGGAACUCAAGUGAAGAGAGGGCGAGCGACAAAAUUUGGACUAAAAAGAAAAAGCGGAAGAAAAAGCGAGGGAGGGAACAGCUGCCGGGGGUGAAAGGAGAGCACAAGCAGCUGCAGCACGAGGACAGGGUGAGGCUGUGCCCAGCUGAGGCUGCCAAGCCUGCAGUGCGGCGAGUUGCCACAACAAUCAAGAGCAAAGACGGGAAGAAAAAACAUAAAACAGGAAAAGAUCUAGAAUCUUCACAGAACAUUACAGAUGAACCUUCAGUUGAACCAUCCUUCAAGUUGGUCUGCACCAGUCUUCAAGAGUUGAGAGAGCUGAUAAGUAAGACAGAAGAUGAGCUUGAUGACUUGGAGAGCACUAAAAAGAGACUGCAGGGUCGGUGGUAUUAUCGGAGAGAAGCAGUAAAGGACCUCCACAGCACUCUAAUCAGACUACUGAAUGAGCUCUCACCCUGGGAACCCAAACUUGUAAAGGCCUACCAAAGGAACAGGCUUCGUUUGAAGAAGGAAUUUGAUGAUUUCAAGAAGCACCCCGAGUACAAUAAUUUUGUGCGUGAGGAGUGUGUUUCAUCAUCAUCAUCAGAUGAAGAUGAAGAGAGGGGUUUUGGGAAGGACAUGUUUUCACUCACAGAUCUUUAUAGAAGAUCAGAAGAGGAAGACCUGGAACAUGUGGUACCUAGAGGUCUUUGGAGUGGAGCAAGUGCCAGGGGUUUUGUGGCUGACUCUGCUGGAGAAUCAGUGGCGACCUACACACCUCCCAUCCACCUGAAACACCCUCUGGCCAGCACAGAGACAGGCGUCGGCCUGCUACCAAGAGUUCAGGCUGGCGGCAGAAACAUUGCUUCUACUGCUGACUCUGGGCCACCGUCUAGAUCUGAACUGAUCCCAUCAAAUCAAUCCAUGGACUCAAACUCGGCAUGGGCACCAGGGUUACCAGCCCAGACUCCACUGUCACUCAGACCCACCAUCCUCCACCCCACCACUGGAUUACCUAAGGGCUACACGCCCAUCCCCACCCUGCUGGCUAAGAGUGUGGGAAACAAAGUGACCUUAAUGAAACGGCCUGCUGAUGGUCCAGGGUUCAACAAUAUUGAAAGACAGAGCAAAGGGUCUUUGUUCUCCCUGCCUGUCUCUGCAAUGGUUACGACAAAACUCUCAAAAGCACAAACCUCUACAUCCAGUUCCCAGCAGAUCUCACAACAAAUGCAGCCACAAGGACAACAACACACACAGGUACACAGACAGCCAGGAAUGGCCACAGUGACGGCAGCUCCUCUCAAAUCACCACAGGCCAAACCAACCCAGACUGUACCAAAAGGUCCUGUCCAGGUGGUGUGCAAGGCACCUGAGGGGCUGGGUCAGCUUGCCGGGAAAGACGGCAACAGCCCAGUCAAGAUCUCAGUUCAUCCUGUCAUGAACCACAGCACUGGAGAGAAAGGCAUGCAGCAAGUGGUGAUUCUAACGUCGAAUAUUCUUAUUCCCAAAGCUGAAGAAAAGGCGUUGUCUUUACAUCAGCAGCAAUCAAAGGACAUUCAGGCCCCGGUUUCUAAAGUGGCCAGCCCCUUCUGUAUUUCCACCAGUGUGCCUGGGUUCAGCAUCCCUGAAAACAGAAUCCCUGUUCAGCAAGUGGCUCCCUUAAAAGAUCCCAGGAGAGUGAGAACACCCUCUCCUUCUUUUCCCCCUCGUCAGCAACAGGGGGUCCUGAACACAGCAGGGUUCAAGAGGGCACAUAUCUGCAGCCCCCAAGCUAGCUCACCACACGGUGUCAUGCCAAACCUCUCACCCAUCAGGUCUCCUUCCAGUGCAGUUUCUACUGAGCCUCUUGAAUCUAAAGACCUUAAGCAGGAGCUUAAGACCGUGUGUAUCCGUGAUUCGCAGUCAAUCCUGGUGACAACUAGAGGAGGCAACACAGGCAUCGUCAGAGUUCAGACAUCCUCAGGCCACGGUGGGCUUGGCUCUUUGCCCACCAGUCCAGUCAUCACCAUCUCACCUCAGUUUAAAGCCUUCCUCGUAUCCAAGUCGUCAACGGCGUUUUCUCCAUCUGCUCCCGCUCAGACGUCCCCUUUCAGCAUCCCAGCAGUGGCCCAACCUCAGAAGCAAGAUCCCUCAGUUUUAAAGUCUCUUUCCACUCUCACAUCCCCCAUGCACACUGCAGUCACUGGUAGCAUUCCCAUUGCAGUCCCAGGAAGCCAGACUACAGCUACUUCUGUUGCUCUAUGUCAAGACUCUUACACCUCAGCUUGUUCUACAGCUGCAAAAAAGAUUGGCCCGCUAGCGCAGACAGCCGCUGCUGCUUCACAUUUCCAAACUUCAUCGGUAAAAAAUACUGCCGCUGUCCCAUCACUGAGUAGUUCUGGUGUUCCCCAAGUUCUCACACAAGCAGAAGUCAGCAAGACGGGUGUAAAACGGCUCAGUACAGACGAGCGAUCCCAACUAACUAAAUUCAUCCUGGUCACUCCCUCCUCAACCCCCACCUCAGCUGUAGCUUUAUCAAAAGGCACAACCUCUUCCACAAAGUCACCUACUAGUUCCAGAGUCAUGUUCAUCAGCCAGCCUACAGCCACAUCUUCCCCCACCUUCAUGGGAAGCAUUCCAAAGCAGGCGAUAGCAACAGCAGCCAGUGGACAGCAGCUGACCACUUCAUUAACAAGUCAGACUCUAAAGAUGGGAUCAAGCCCGGGCCAACCUAUCGGCAGUGAAGCAUCGCCCAUGGUCCAGAACAUCAGUCUGCCCUCAGGGGUUCAAAUCCAGUUGUCAGGAAAGACAACAACCAUUGGACAGACCAUUGGUGCCCUGUCACGUUCUCCUUCCAAGAGCACUUCCCUCUCAGAUACAGGCUGUCCCACAGCUGCCACCCAUGGACUGGUCCCCGUCACAAAUAUCAUCACACCCUGUCCUGCACAGCAUGCCUCUCACACUUCCCUGACCACCAGCUCGCCGCUCCAGGGUACAGCUUCCUUCACUAUGCCCUCCCAUACAGGCAUGUCCACAUCUGUUGCUGCCACUCUGCCCGCAGGAAACACGAUCCAGAAGCACCUCAGUAUGUGUGCAAGCGAACCAACCAGCAGCACUCCUGCUCAGGUAAACACUACUGUGCAGAGUAGUCCAGCCCAAACCUCAACACCCCCUCUUGUCCGUCAGCAAUCCUAUAUCCAAAGUGGCAUUGGUGAGGAAACUUCCUUCUCAUCUUCCUCUCAACUUGCUCAAAAUUAUACCCAUAAAUCCAUUUCCUCAGCAACAACCACCAGUCCCCCAUUCUCCACCUCUUCUACUGGCACAAUCCAGCAGAGGGUAGUCAUCAACACUUCUACACCGCUUGCAGCUGGCACUCAGAUCAUUCUUAACAAUGCACGCUUUGUAGUCCCUCCCCAGGGUUUAGGUCCAGGCAGUCAUGUCCUUAUCAUCUCUAGCCCUGCACCACAACAAGUGCCUACUGCCAGCGUUACCAGCACCGGAGCAUCAGCACCUCCCCAAGGGGCAAGCCAUGCCACAGUAGCGCCUCAAGCGCCAGUUUUACCCCAGUCCCCAGCUAGGCUACCUGGCGUACCAGCUGUAAGUUCUCCUUUUGUAACCUGCUCACCUGCUGUUGGUCCUACACUGUUAGCAACCACUCCCAAUGUCAAACCAGUUCAACUAACAGGAGCACCUGGCCUCGGCUCAACAAUGUUACACAGUAGAACAAAUGUGUCUGCUCUGCCUAGAUUGUCAUCUGCGCAGGCUGGUCACUUUGCAUCAUCUCCUUUAGGUACACCCACUCUGGUCUCACCCCCACCAAGGUUAGGCAGUGUACCGGCUCUACUCUCCCCAGUGGUUACUAGCACCCCAGCUUUUCAUUCAGCACUGGCUCCAUUUAGGUUACCUGCAGGUACAGCCACGCAAGCUAAAUGUUCAACCACAGUCUUGUCUGCAGUAGCACACUCCCUGCCCAGAUUGUCAGCACCUCUUUCAUCCCUGUCAGUUUUACCCAGCCCAUCAGCUGUAUCUCUCUCCAGUCCUGUUAUACCAGUUCCAACGUCCAUGUCCUCUAACGCAGGUCCUCUGAUAACAGGCACACCUCUGCCUUCUUCUGUUGCUGCCCAGCAGUGUCAAGGCAUAAGGCCCCAGCAGACAGCAGUUAGAAUCGCGGCACCCUCCACAGCUCUAUCACAGGCUUUACUGCAUACGGGAGUAAGCAACACUUCUAUCAGAAAGCAGGUGCCUGCCCUCAUGCAACCAGUGCUUGCUGGCACACGAACACAAGUAUUGCCAACAGUGGCUGUCCCACCAAUUGUAAGCACUGUAUCUAGGAUGCAAACGCUCCCUGUUGCUACAGUUCCACCAAUCGGGAGUACUGUUAAUACCUAUGAAACGGCACUAGUGGGGACAACGCCUCCAUCCAGCAGCACUGUAAUAAUCACUUCGGCUCAACCAAUAACAUCGGUGAAGACAAACGCCACCAUCCACCCACCUGUCUUUCUGACCAACCAAGCACUUGGAAAGCACUCUUUGCAGACCUCCGCCUUGGGUUUUCAUACCAACGUAGCAUCCAAGCUACUAAUUAGUCCUGACGGAGCUGUUUUGAGCACGGCUCAGUGCCAGGUCAAUCCCACAGUGCUGACUGCCUGCCCCAAACCUCUGGAUGCACUGCUGGUUUGCCCCAACAGUUCCCGUGGAGCACUACUCACACAUGAUUCCUCUUUUCUGCCUCCACAGGCAGACACAAAGUGAAUCAGUCAUAUCCAUCGCUUGUAUUAAUCCUGGGAUUAGUUAAAGAACUGUUUUCCAGCUGUAGUUUGACUCAUAACUUUCAUUUAGGACACAGUAGGUUUUACUCUGGUUAGAUCAUCUUCUAGGUAAACUGUAUACUCAAUCGAACUUACUGGAAAUGUAUACUGUGAUGGUUUUCUUAAGUGGAAACAGUUGAUUUUUCCCAGAUGAAUGUUAUAGACUAUUGACUUUCCUCUUUUUUCACCUCAUGGCCAGUAAUGACAACUGUUGUAACAAAAUGAGUAGAAAAUGGGAUGUUCACUAAUUUCAGCUCAAGUUUUUUUAAAUACUUUUCAAUGCAAUUGGAUACUGCUUCAGAAAGCAAUAUUUGGGAUACUCUUCAUUGGUUCAACUUGUUCUAAUUUAUCAGUUUGAACAAUGCAACUCUCUGUAUCCAGAUUUAGUCACGUUGUCCUUUUUUCAACUAGUUACUGUUCGACAACUACAUUUUACUUUUUAGAAAUAUAAAUAAACCGAUAGAGGACUUUGUACAACUUGUCUGCGCCCAUAUAAAGUCACAUUUAUUUAUUUUUACCAUAUAGAUUUUUCAAAAGAUAUUUACUAGAUACACUUUCAUUGAAAAUUGUGGACGUUAUUGCAUGGAAAUAAACAAUGCGACUGUCCCCAG